ACGAGUGACAUGGUGCUGCUGGUGAUAGCGGGGGCACGUGGGGGCUGACAUUACGUAGCCAGCAGUUGGCAGGUGCCUCCAUUUCUCAUAACAGAUUGGAUUACGUGCUUCAGUGACAAGCUUGAUGCAGUCACCCAUGUGCUGCGAGGUGAAUUUCGUACCUUCUCUGAAGCACUAGGCUGCUGCUGGAAGCAGGAUACUGGUUGUGACAAACGUGUGCUCCAAGUAGGUUGUGUGAGUCUCUGGUUCUGCUGCCUGCUUGUGGCUCCCGUGUGAAGCUCUCACCUGGAAUGUGCUCCUGCUUUAUGGAGAAUGGCAGUGUUCCUCCCUCUGGAGGACCUUUGUGUGUUCAGGCUUCACGAUUCAGCCGAGUGCCCUGCUCUGCUGACCCUGUUCAGGCUGCACCGUGUUCUGAGGUCGGUACAACAAACCUGAUACAUACGUUAGCAAAUUCCAGCUAUUCUGGGAAAAACCACUGUGACAAGCAUUACAGAGGUCCUUUCUGUCCAAGAAGAGGUGAUGUGCUUGGUCUUCUUCCCCAUGAGCCUGUGGGAUAAAAUGGGCAGUGCCUGCGUGCACCCGGGGAGGGGUCUAGGGUCACGAGUAUCCAGGGCGUUCGCGUGUACGGGUAUAAAUAGCCUUGUUGUGCAGCAUUAAAUUGGCAUUUCGGCGUUAUACACUGUGUGUGCGUCCCGUAUGCCCCGCACGCGGAGGUGCGGACGGAAGGGAAGCCUUAUUACGUUGUCGUAGACAACAUCUGGUGACCCCGACGUGAUUUUGGGCGCGAGCAAGGGGCCGGGCACGAGCAAGGCGCCGAGAAGCAGGAGCCGUGAUGGGGCUCGGCGUGCAGGAGGUGGUGAGUAUGCGGAAAUCCUUGGCCAAGGAAGUAGGGAUAACACUACAUAAGAAGGAGUGCCUCGCACUCCUUCAGUGGAUGCUGCGCAAGCAGUGUGCGGAGUCCCCGACAGACUGUCUGCAGAAAGUGGCUUUAGAGAAGGCGGGUCAGGAGCUAUGGGAAGGGGCAAGUGCAGGAAAUAAGGAGGCACUGGGACUUAUCCCUGUGCUGGGGACGGUGAGAAGUGUGAUACAGAAAGUGAAAGACGAGUGGCAUCUCGAUGCCACGGCACGUCAAGUGUUAUCGGGGAUGCCUGAUGACACUGAGACAGCCAAAACCGAUGGAGAGCAGGAAAGCGAAUGGUCGGAGGGAGAGGAAAACAAGACGGGCAAGUUUGGGGAAGAGACGGGGACGGAAGCUCCGCUUUUAGCCCCUUUAGGGGCUCCAAGGCAAGGGCAGGCGACCCCAGGGGUUCAGACCUCAGACGACGGGCAGUUUUGGUCUAUGAACCCGAAGGGAACACUGACAUGUUUCCCGAGGGCUCCCGUUCCUUCAGCUCCCUGGCCGGUCCAGGCAGGGACGCCCGCCUUUACAGUGGCACCUCCGCCCUACGGUGCAGCUCCCUGUGGUGCAGCUGCGCUGGGCGUAGGUGAGGGAAGGAUGCCGAGACCUAGCCCUGUGGAGCAGCCUCUCCCCUCGACCUCGAGGAGGGUUACUAGCUCCAAAGAUAGGGCAGAGGGGUCCCAAAGGCGUGGGGCGGAUGACGAGACCAGUUCCUCAGGGGAGGAGGAGGGUUGCCUUUGCAUAGACCUGCCAUCUGAGGGAGAAAGGAGACGGCGGGGGCAGGCACGGGACCAAGUUCACAGGGCCGGUGAGCGCUGGGUAAUUCGUGCUCAGGAGUGCAUGCUCUCCGGAUGCAAGCUUGAGCCCAUGCCGCGCUCUUGCUAUCCUGUUUUUGCUGGCAGACUGCAGGGUCCCCCAUGGCAACCGGUAGAUUACAAAAUGCUAAUGCAGUUGAGAAAAGCGGUCCAAGAGGGAGGUCUUACCGGAUCGCAGGCGCAGGUACUGAUUUUCGAGGCGUACAUUCAGGAGGAGGUAGACAGCUUGCGAGCUCGUGCGCAGGCAGACCCAGCUCAUCCUCUACACAACAUCCCAGCGGAUGCAAUCGCAGGAAAGGGUAAUUGGAGUACCCCUCAGGAACAACUGAUUUUGCCAGCCACCGUUCUUGUCACAGCGGCGGAUUUGGGCAGGCGAGCGCUUGAGCGGAUGCAUACGCUUACUAGUGGGUCGCCAAGUUAUCUUCAUAUUAGACAAAAACCUGGGGAGCAUUUCGGCUCCUUUGCAGACCGAGUACAGACAGCUAUCUUGAGUAGCAACCUGCCCCCGGAAACUUAGGAAAUAGUGCUGCGAGAAUGUUUACGUUCGAGCGCAGCUCCAGAGUACAAGGCUGCUCUUGCAGCCCUUCCUGCCACAGCCACAGCAGGGGAACUCAUAGCGCAUGGCUGCGCUUUCGGUCGAGCUCAAGAGGUGCAGCCACUGGCUGCGGUUUUGUCUGAGCAGGUUGCUGGGAUAACAGCAGCUUUGCAAGCGAUGGCAGUCCAAACCACACCAGACGUCUGCUUCCGCUGUGGAAAGGGAAGGCAUCUUGCUCGCAACUGCUUGCAGGGCAGGGGAUAAAGAAGAGGGACAAUCUGCCAGCCAGGCUGAUGUACCAUUGGUUCAAGUUAGUUUUGAUUUAGGAACAGACCCAUACUUAAAGCACAAGUCUUGAUUCAAGGCCUGACACAGCCAAAUCCAAACCAGAAAACCAUUUCCUUUCUAAUCGAUUCCGGAGUAGAUGUCACCACCAUUUCAACGGCUGUGUGACCCUCCUCUUGGGCCCUGGAAAUACUCCCGCGCUCAGUCAGUGGGGUGGGGGGUUUCGUGACGGGCCAUCGCAGUCACUAUCCCGUCCUCUUUUCGUGGGAGGACAAUGGGCAGGAGCGGACGGCAGGACCGAUUCGGCCUUAUGUCCUGGACAUCCCGCUCUCGUUGCUGGGACGUGACCUCUUAGCCCUCGCCGGGGCGAGAGUUGUCAUAGAGCCCAACAUCCAGGUUUUAGCAAAUAGGCAUCAGGAUCCCUCCAGCCUUACAGCAGCCAGCAGAAAAUCUGGCCAGCAGGCAGGCAGCAGUGCCCGCUCACGGGAAGUACAAACCAGCAGUUUCUCUUCUGCUGGAUGCUGUCAGGAGCAGCCUACAAACUGCAGAAUCGAAGCUGUCAUUCCUCAUCGCCUUUUACGGCAUUCUCCACAGAUGCCAGAUGGGGUACAUGUUUCCAUUCUUUUGAAAUGAAUGUGUAUUCUCCAUGAGUGAUUUGGUCUUUCAAGGAUAGCUGUAUAUUUGCUCACUAAAUGGUGGUCACUAAAAGGCUUUGUCGCAGUGUAUGAAGGCAUCUGCUGUCACUGUAUGCUAUGGGCGUCCGCCCAGACAAGACAAAAAGGGCGUGACUGUGUCAAGGCGUUACGCUUUGCAGUCGUGAUAAUGGGGGUUCCCAUAGAGUUAAAAACGGACAAUGGACCGGGCUACAGAAGCCAUUGUUUCGAGGCCUGGUGCCGCACUUGGGGUAUCCGGCACAUGUUUAGGAUCCCGCAUAUCUCCCAAGGACAAGCAAUAGUGGAGCGCGCACAUCAGCUCCUGAAAGAGCGGCUCCGUGCCCUUAAAGAGGGGUCGUCAAUGCAGUUGUCCUCGUCACUGUUGGAGCAGUGAUAGAAGAGGCCCUUCACGCAGCGUGACCACGUUCUGGGCUGAGCAAAGACAUUGUUUGUCACAACAGAUCCGACACAAUGGGAGGGUCCUUGGAUAUAUGCACUCCUUGCACUUGCACCUCCCACAGUCUUCACCUGGGCCAGUGUGUGGCCCCUGCGAGCAGGGGUUAAGUCCAUGCAGAAGAUAACGGUUGACCGUGAUCUGUUUGGCGAUUGGCUGAAGAACCUGUUUGGCAGACUUGGGCCAUGGGUCACCCAGAUACUUAAAGUAGUCGGUAUAGUGCUCUUAGUGUUUAUCUGCAUUGCAUUCUGCUUACCAUGCUUGAUAGGAUGUUUGCAGCAGUGCUUACAAAGAAUGAUGGAGCAAGCUUUUGAUCGGCGCAUGGAAUACCAUAGGCUACGCGAACGCUUGUGGUAAGUCCUAAGUAGUUAAUGAUGAAGUACGCACCUGUGUAAUGCGCGAACAUUAGAGCAUAAGCAGUAGACAAGUUAGUUGGGAGAUAGGUUAUAAGGGGCCUAGGGGUUUUGCGAUCACGCUGUAACGGGGCAAGGCUUUUCCAGGCAUGGGAGGAGAAAAAUGUAGUAGGUGGAGACUAAGCGUGCGGGAUGUGACGCGACAGGACCUCCCCUGCCUAGUAUAUAUAUGUAAGACGCGCUUAGGCCUUGUAGGAAUAGUUGGGGAAACUGGGA